UUAAAAUCCUAAAUUUAUUCUAAAAUCUAAAGUUUUCUUUCACAUUUAUAAAAAACAAAAAAAAAACAAAAAACAAUAUAAAAAAACGAAAUUAUUGCUUUGAAACCACGAAAUUCAAAAUUUUAACGCAUCUCCAGCUACUGACUAAGUAGCCGGCAUUCAUAUUUGAAAUUACUUGAAUAAGUAUUAAAAAUGAUGCUCUUCCGCACGAUUGGCAAUAAUCUCUUACAAACCAUUAGAACUGCAACAGUUUCAGAUUCUCUGACAUGUUCUCUGGUACGUUCAUUGACCACGAAGUCCCAACAUCCGGGAUAUCGCUCUAAGUGCGCUUCCGACGAGCCCAGGUGUAGCGAAAAGAGUCUUCAAGGAAAGAAGGACAAAGGCGAAUGUGAAACGAAUAAGCGUCCAUCUAUGUGGCUAAACCCAGAAUGUUGUCUCGAUCCCUGUCCUGACAUAAUGCCGCGUUUCGAUGAUCUCUACUACAAACCGUCCGAUAAAGCAAAGCGUAAGUAUACGCAGACCUGGAACGAAUGUCCGGAUAUCAAAAUAGCGCCAAAAAAGAUUUGUUGUUUUCAAAAAGUUAAAUUGCCACCGAUGGAGAAACGUAAGAAGCUUGACUGUCCGAAAACAGCCUGUGCACACAUAACCAAGGAGGAUCCAAGAACCUGUGCAAAAGGGAAUAAGCGUUGUAUAAAAAUUCGUUUGCCUUGCUGUCUACGAGCACGUGACCCACCCAAAUGUAGUGUGACUAGAUCACCAGCCAACUGCCGCAAGAUUUGUACGCCGUACCCAUCGUUUUCUGAAUGCAAAAAACCCAAGGCGAGACUAAUACGUCCGAUCGAGUGUACUUGUCUAUAUGUGGGUCCAAUUUGUCCAUGAAAUUAGCGCAACAAUCAAAGAUAUGAAACAUAUUUUUGCAUGAUGAAUGCUUGGUGUUUAGCGACUGUUAGGAUUGCUAAUAUUACGUAUGUGGGUGUGCACCGAAAGUUCUUAUCUGGAGGACUGCCCAACUCCAUUGAAAGUUUCAUCUUUCAGUUACUUGCUUGAAGCUGAUCAUGACAUUGAAAGCUGAAAUUAUUCAAGCAGAUUAUUGAGUUGACGAAAAAGGCAAAUGAAAAACUGCAUUAAAAUUACAAAACAAAAAAACAAGUUCAACCAUUCUCUCCGGUUUCUAAAUCAUUUCCAAACACAAAAAGCUAUAGUACAGUAAUAGAUUUCCAGACAUCAGCAUGCUCGGGUACCGAAACUCGAUACAGGUCUAGCGCUCUAAAAUCUACGGGUAUACAUCUAUAAAUCAGGUUGCUAAAAUUUUCACUACAUGAGAGGCUAGCAAGAUCAGAGCCUGCAUUGUGCUACAAAAAUCAACAAUCAACUUUUUUUGUUAUACAGGAAAAAUUUCAUAAACACGAGAAACUGUAGAAUUUAUGUAGUAAUAUGAAACUCUGUUUUUCAUUUUCAAAUCAACAAAAACUUUUAAAUGGCUUAAAAAUUUCAAAAACCAAAUCCUUAGAUUCCUAUGAAACUAUGUAUGUAUUUUUGUUAAAAAUUU